ACGCGACUAGUGGAGCGGAAGAGUUUGAGCCUGAACUUCUGGUGUCUCAAUCCAGCGGUGUGCAUGCAGAGCCUUGCAAAGAACGCACACAGUCUCAUCCUUGCUAGUGGCACGUUAGCUCCACUGGAUGCGUUGGUGGCGGAACUUGGCGUCGACUUCCCUUUGCGCCUAGAGGCGGGUCAUGUGGUGUCCCGUGAACGCGUCUUUGCCACUUGUGUCGCUCGUGGUCCCCGAGGUGGACGUCUCUGUGCCACUUUUGAGCAUCAGAACACCUUUGCCUUCCAGGACGAGGUUGGUUACCUCCUCCUGGAGGCCUGUCAACGCGUGCCUGGUGGAGUGCUCUGUUUCUUCCCCUCAUACAGUCUUCUUGAUAAGAUGAGUGCCCGUUGGGAGUUGACAGGACUGCUGGGAAAGUUGGAGAAAGUGAAAUGUGUUUUCACUGAGCCCCGGUCUUCAGAUAAUUUUGACGACUGGGUGGCGAAGUUUCACGAUACUGUCGACUCGAUGCGUAGCUCAUCUCCGAGUGGGAUGACUGGUGCCCUCGCUCUGGCUGUAUGCCGCGGCAAAAUCAGCGAGGGACUGGAUUUCGCUGAUGACUACGCCCGACUUGUGAUUGCUGUUGGGAUUCCCUUCCCGGCUGUCAAGGAUCCACAGGUUUGCUGUUCCUUGACCUCUUAUAGACAAAUAUUAUACUAG